CUUUUUACAAAUGUUAUGAUUAAAGUUCAACGUUCAAUUACUUUGCUGAGCGUUUAGCAUCGGAAACAUUCCUAUAAAUACGAUCUUGUCUAUCUAUCAACAUGGGUUUAUGCCUCUCUAAACGAGCAUUAACAUUAACAGAAAAGGAAGAAAUUUAUAUCAUUGAGGCUGAACAAGAAGUGAUGAAUAAAGGACUUAAUGGUAUAAAUGAAUUCUACAAUAAUCAAAUCGAGAAGUGGCAUCGUGAGCUUUCCCCAUUACAUGUUGGUUUACUUGGAUUGAGCGGAUCAGAAAAAUCAUCUUUCAUCAACGCUCUCACUGGAUUUGAAGAUGGCCACGACAACUCGACAGAUGCAUCCCCUACAGAAAGAACAAAGUAUUCUCAGUUGAAUGGUCCAGAACUUAUAUCUGACAAAAAGAAAAAGAAGAAUCCUGCAAUUUAUCGUUAUGCUAAAAACAAAAACAUCAUCUUCUGGGAUUUACCUGACAUCAAAACAUUAACUUGUUCUUCAUCAUCAUGCCUUUGUUGUUCAGUAUCUUGUUCAAUAUCUUGUUGUUUACCAUCAAGAUGCUGUUUUGGCUGUGAUGAGUCGCCCUGUGCUGAGAAUUUUGACGCAUUUGUCAUUUUUGUCAAAUCAAGAAUAUCUGAUAUAGAGAAAAAAAUAGCCGAAAAUGUUUCAAAAAAUCUCCGCAAACCUUUUAUUUUUGUUUGCACCCUUGCUGAAGACGACAAAAAAAAUGUCAAGAAAGAUAAGGAAGCUAUGCUAAAAAAAAUCAAAACAAUUUGCUUUGACUUUGUUAAAGAUAUGGUUAUGGAUGAAUCUGAUAUUUUCGUAAUUGACAGCAAAUUCAUGAAUAAAAAUCUAAUUGAAGAUAUCAUCCUGAAGCUGAUGAAACGUCGAAAAGACUUGUUUGUGAAUUAUUUGAAUUAUGCCAUUUUCGUAAAUACUAAGGAUACCAAAAAAAUCUUUCAACAAGCUCAGAAACACGGUGUUGAUAAUAUUCUGGAUUUUUACAGCAAUGAUUCAAUUCCUUUGUGGACGGACACCGAGAUUAAUUUUGCCAUAACAGGAGACUCUGGAACAGGGAAAUCGUCUUUCAUCAACGCUGUGAGAGGAAUUGAAGCUCAUGCGAAAGAGGCUGCACCCGUUGGUGUUACAGAAAUGACAAAUAAGCCCACUAGAUAUUCACACCCAAAACAUGAAAAUAUUAUUUUCUGGGAUCUACCUGGUAUUGGAACACCUAAAUACCCCAAUUAUAAAGAGUACUAUAAGAAAGUUGGUGGUCUGGAGAAGUAUGACGCUUUUCUCAUUUUUUGCAAAACACGAUUCACUCAAAAUGACAAAGUGUUGGCUGAGAAAGUUUCAAAAGAGCUCAAAAAGCCUUUCUUUUUUGUUCGCACCAACAUUGACAGCGAACUCAAGAAUGCGAAGGAUGACGAAGGACCAAAGUUUGAUGAAGCAUCUGUCAUGAAACGUAUGAGGGAAAAUUGUUUGAAAAGCUUAGGAGAUUCGCUUCACGAUGAAAAAGAUAUCUUCUUGAUUGACAAUAAAAUUACAGAGAAAUACGAUUUUCAAGGUUUGAAGGAAUCGAUUGCUGAAGCGUUAUCUAAAGGAAAAAAAAAGAGUUUUGUUGAUUCCUUGGAAAAGUUAACUCAUACAAUAAUAAGAAUUAAAGCCAACAUUUUGAAAGAUGAAUUAUCCAAAGUAAUUGUUUUACUGAUGAUUGCUGAGUCUGAGCCUGAAGUCUUUAAGAAUCUGAUUUUGCAAGAAGUCAUUCGAUAUCAUCGUGUGUUUGUACAGCUUGGAAAAAAAGAAGAAGAGCUCCUCAAGAAUGAACACCUUAAAGAAAUAGAACAAGAGCUCAAGAAAGAAAUGUCUGUUAGAAAUUCUACAGAUGAAGAAAACAUCGAGGAAAGAAAACCAGAGUCUGUUGGAAAUUCUUUAGAUGAAAAAAACAUCGAGGAAAGAAAACCAGAGUCUGUUGGAAAUUCUAUAGAUGAAGAAAGCAUCGAGGAAAGAAAACCAAAGUCUGUCGGAAAUUCUACAGAUGAAGAAAACAUCGAGGAAAGAAAACCAGAGUCUGUCGGAAAUUCUAUAGAUGAAGAAAACAUCGAGAAAAGAAAACCAGAGUCUGUUGGAAAUUCUAUAGAUGAAGAAAUCAUCGAGGAAAAAAAACCAGAGUCUGUUGGAAAUUCUAUAGAUGAAGAAAACAGCGAGGAAAGAAAACCAGAGUCUGUUGGAAAUUCUAUAGAUGAAGAAAACAGCGAGGAAAGAAAACCAGAGUCUGUUGGAAAUUCACCUGCUAAAGUGCAAUGGGCGUAUAAUUAUCUCAUAGAUUGCAUUAACAAUUUGGAAAAUCAACUUGCAUGCAAGAACUAACUUCCAAAAUGUUUUCCACAUUACGAAAUAUUGCUAAGUCAAUCAGUAGACAGCACGAAACAUAUUAAUCUCAACUUAAUAUAUCUCUAUAUCUCAUGUUUCAUCUCAAAUUAAUAAAUGCACAUAGUAUAAAAUCUUGCCAUUAAAAAUAUAGUUGUUAGGGUGUUUUUUUAAUGACAAAAACACGAAGAUUCAAUUUUUCUGUAAUUCUUUAUUGACUUUUCACGAAAUUUGAGGUUAAAAUCAAGCGCACGAAAUUUUCUAUUUUUUAUUUUGUUGACAACAUCCUUAGAAAAUUAGAAAAUUAAAGCGUGAUUUGCAAAUACUAAUCCAAGUAGAUUCACUCGUUUCAGUCACCUCUAGAACGCAAGCUCAUUGGAUGGUGCUCUAUCAACGCGACUGAAAUGGCUCAUUUAAGACGACUCAAACAACUCGGACGACUUUCUGAGAACCAGCAUGUUAGUAGAUGUAGAUCGUGUGCGUUUUAUUAAAGUCCUGAGAAGGACUGUUGUUCAGUGUU